AUCGUCACCCAACCUUAUCUCCCAGCUCGCGCCACCGCCGCCCGCCAUGCCGCUCCUCCCGCCGGCGGCGCCGCCGUUGCCGCUCUCCUCCCACCGCCUCAGCCUCGCCUUCCUCUCACCCCCCUCGCCCGGCCGCCCCCUCCGCCGCGGGGACCUCGUCAUCCGCAUGGGCGGCGGCCCCCGCACCUUCCCGGGCGGCGUCUCCAAGUGGCAGUGGAAGCGCAUGCAGGCCCGGAAGGCGAAGCAGCUCCUCAAGGCCCGCCUCGCGCGCGAGCGCCAGCUCUACGAGAUGCGCAAGCGCGCCGAGCUCCGCGACGCCGUCGUCCACCUCGAGCGGCCCUGGGACCCCGACUCGGCCCCCGUCUCCGCCGCCGCGCUGGCGCCCACCCUCCUCUCCGUCGCCGCCGACGACCAGCUUAAGGGGCUCGCCGACCGCUUCCACCGCCCCGGCGGCGUCGACCUCUGGAACGACCGCGACGGGCCCCGGGUCUUCGCGUCCCCGGACACGGGCUUGGCCUCCGCGCGCUUCUUCCCCAGGAACGCCGUCCACAGCGUCCAGCCCUACGCCCGCCUCGGCGCCGGGGCCGGAGCCGAGGGCGCGCAGGGUGUUCGGCGGAAUGAGGCUGUGGAGGAUGAGUAUGGUUACAGCGAGCCUGCCGUCCAGCUGAUGGAGAGGGAUGGGAUGUGGGAGCCGGUGAUUGCUUUGGAAGCUGGAGAUGGAAACAAUUCGAGCCACAGGAGUUGGAUUCAUGAUGAUGAUGCUAAUUCUGAUUCAGACGACGACGAAGAGGAUGCUGGUUUUGGUCACCAACGACGAGCUGUGGUGAGGCGAGAUGGAAGGAGGGAUGGCGAAACAGUAAGCGCUAUGCGUGUUGGGAGUGAGAGGGGCAGGCAUCGGAGUGGUCAUGGUCCCUUUUCAGAUUCAGAAGGCGCAAGUAAAGGUCAUCUUGAUCAAAGAUGGUCAGACAGAAACGGUGGGAGUCGAAGGAAGCCUCCCGCCGCAAGAUGGAAGCCUUGGAAUGCCCAGGGCAGGAAUGCCAUUGAGAAGGACCGAAUAGGUGGUGGUUCUUUGUCCGAGUCGGAGGUGAGCCGUCGUGGUUCUGAGCCAAAAUCAAGAGCAGGGAAUAGAGAGGACGCAGUCGACACCGUGGUGAAGUGGAAGCUCUCGUACGAUAGCCAUGGCAAUGUGGUAAGGAAGGUUCGCGUUGGUGGUGAAUUUGAUUCAAAUUCAGACAGUGGAAGGGAUGACAAAGUGGAACCCAAAUGGAGAGCCCAGAAUAGGUUUAGUCCAAGUGAGAACAGAGGAGGUGGAGCAGGUCUGAAAUAUAGGCCUAAUGCCAACAGUGGCGAGAGGCCAGGAAGAUACACCAAGGGUCAUAAUGGUGAUGAAAGGGGCCAAUUUGGUAACGGCUUUCCCUCAGACUUGGAGGAGCCGACAUGGAACCCCAGAAAAAAGAAGGAAGCUAGGAACAGCAAUGGCAGCAGAGAUUACAACAGUGAUAUGAAAAGUAAGUUCAGGAGUGGUGGAAGUGGGGCUGCGAGGCGGCUAGACAGUACUCGUCCUGUGAUGAACGCCAACAGAGAAGAUGGAGGAGGGCGGCGGCCGAGGGGAGAUGGAUACUCGCUGCGACCAACAUCCGAAUUGCACCGCUCGGUUGACCGGAAUGGGGGACGGCAGUUCAGAGGAGACGGAUACUCGCUCCGACCAACAUCAGAACUUAGAUAAAAUGUACUGUUUGUUAAGAGUGAAGCUAAUGUAGUCUGUGUGUGUGCUAACUACUGUAUGACCAAACAUUGAAAUAUAACGUACUUGUAUGGAGGAUUUGCUU